GUGUAUUAAACCGACGGAGGCGUGCCAAAGUGAAAAGCACAAAAGUAAAUAAUGUACUGUGUAUGGGUGCACAAUUAAAAUUCAUUUACGCGUCGUCGAUCUGCAUAAGUUCAACGAAGAACGGGCCUCAAAGCGAAGAAAGCGACAACGAAUGACAACAAUAUCAAAGGAGGCAAUUGCAUUUGUUAUAUGUACAUAUAUACCUACGUACAUAUGUACAUAGUACGCCAAGAAGCUUCGGUUCAUAAUAAGCCUUUGUUCGCUUCCAUAUUAAUGUAAAUUUCAGUUAAGAGCACACAAUCAUAUAUCUCUGUAUUUGUGCGUGCGUAAAUAAAUGAAUUUGCUGCAAUUCAAGUGUAACGGAGAUGGCUGACAGCCAAACACAAAAGAAUUGCCGCUCAAAAUUACAAACGAAAUUCACACGAGUCCAAUAUCAAAUUAUUCAAAUGCUGUCUGCGACGAUCGCGUGUUAAGUGCAAGUCCUCAAUGCUUAUUUAAAAUAGACAGAGGUCUGCAUGUCUAUUUUUACAUGCCUUUUAUUCAUAAAUUAAGUGUUUGUGUUUUUACGUUGUUAUUUAUUUGAACUUAACGUGCAAUCCUUUUUGUCAUCAUUGUUACUACCAAAAACCGAAAUCAAAACAAACACAACAACUGCAGUCUACGAAACAAGCGAUAAGCAACAGCAGACUACAGCAACUAUAGCCAAACCAACAGUCGGCCCGUGAAGAAGUAACUACAUUUGUGCGAACUGAAAGGGGAACUCUGUUCCACAAUAUACUCCCAUAGAUGACACUCUUGCCAGAUAUCAAAGCCACAGAUGCCGCCACCUGUUGCGGGGGAGGCGGCGAUGCCAGCAGCAGUGCCCACAGCUGCGGAGACAGUCUGAAGGAGCAACAAAAUGGCUGUCUGGGCAUAAACUGUUGCAGCUUGGCCGCCGGCUCGGAAACAUCGAUAAGCGAAUCUGGGUCAUCCGUUUCGGCCACGUCUGUUGCCAAAGUCAACAACAAUCUGAACGCAUUUCGACUGCACAACUAUCACGAGGCAAUUGCACAUGCCAAUUUCGCUCAGUGUGACCCGGUGGACAUUGAGUUCUCCAAUGUUCGCUAUGAGAUACGCAAAUUCUCGUUUCCUGAACGCAAGUUUGUUACCAAGGAGAUUCUGCAUGGUCUGCAGGGUAACUUUCGAUCGGGUGAGCUGACAGCUAUUAUGGGUCCCUCCGGAGCCGGCAAGAGCACACUGCUGAAUGUUAUGUCAGGAUUCUGCACCACCGGAGUCACGGGCAACAUUCGAGUCAAUGGCAAUCCGAUGGCCACCAGCUCGGACAGAUUUCGUCAGCUGUCGUGUUACAUUCACCAGGAUGAUCUGCUGCGUCCCCAGCUGAUGGUUAGCGAAAUAAUGUUGAUGGCGGCACACUUGAAACUUGGCUUUGACAUGAAGAAAGCUGACAAGCUGGCUUUGAUUAAACACAUCUUGUCGCUGUUGGGUCUGGAUCAUCGCUACAAUGUGCUCACGGGCAAACUUUCCGGUGGACAGAAAAAGCGACUCGCGAUUGCCUUGGAGUUGAUAAGCAACCCGCCCGUGCUCUAUCUGGAUGAGCCAACAACUGGCUUGGACAGCUCCUCAUGCAGCUCGUGCGUGGCACUGCUAAAGAAGCUGGCUUCCCAGGGCCACACGAUAGUCUGCACGAUUCACCAGCCCAGCGCGCUAAUCUUCGAGAUGUUCGACAAGCUGUAUACGGUGGUGGAUGGACACUGCAUGUACCAGGGCAGAGUGAAGGAACUGGUGCCGUUUCUUGCCGAUCAGCAACUCGUGUGUCCCAGCUAUCACAAUCCGGCGGAUUUCAUGCUGGAAGUGGCAGUUGGAGAGCAUCAGUGUGAUCUUAAUAAUCUGAUAGAAGCAGCGAAUACAAAGUAUUAUGCGGAUGCCAAAGGGCAACUGAACACUGCAGAUAUGUCGCACAUUAUAACAACUUUAAAAGACGCAAUUGGUGGCAAGCAACGAAGUGCAUCGUCUGAGGCGCUUCCCGAAGUUAGUCUGGAUCAGUUGUCAAGUUACAGUUACUUUAAACCCGCCCAACAAGAGCUGGCACUGGAUGAGAUCAGGGCGCUGAAUGCACCAAUUGAUACAGCGGAGCAGCCACUUGCCAAUGAGACAGCACCAGUUAAAGGGCUUGCCAAUCAGCCCAACGAGCAGCUUAAGCCCGUCGUUCCAGCUUCGUUCCUUAUGCAAUAUCUGCUGCUGAUGAAGCUCAUUUUGAUCUGCGCCAGACGCAACUAUUUUCUGUUGUUGGCCCGCAUCUUUUCGCACGUUUUCAUCGGCAUCAUUUUCGGCUACCUGUACAUGAAUGUGGGCAACAGCGCCACAUCUGUGCUCGGCAACUAUGUCUACCUAUAUGGAUCCAUACUGCUCUUGGUCUACACCGGCAAAAUGGCAGUGGUAUUGACCUUUCCGCUACACAUUCAUAUGCUGACUCGAGAACAUUUUAAUCGUUGGUACAAGCUGGGACCCUACUUUCUAUCGCUGAUCUCCUUCGAAAUACCCUUUCAAAGCUUAUGUACGGCAUUGUACAUUAUGAUCAGCGUACAUCUGACGGACAAUGACAGCGUCGACGCUUUCCGGAUCUGUUACUUCAUGCUGCUGGCCAUAUUGGCGUCUCUCAGUGCACAAGCUUGGGGCUUCUUUGUGGGUGCCACGCUGCCAACGAAGCUUGCCGUCUUUUUGGGUCCGAUAUUGGCUGUGAUGUUCUCAGUGUUUGGCUUCUGCACCAGGUAUAUUGAUAUAACGCCGCUGUUCCGUUGGAUGUGGCAUUUGAGUUAUUUCCGUGCUGGUUUCCACGGUGCUCUGAAUGCCAUUUACGGCAUGGAUCGCCCGUUUCUGGAGUGCCCCGAUAGUGUUAUGUACUGUCAUUUUCGUAGUCCCAAAGUGUUUCUCAAGUACAUGAUGAUCUCCGACGUGCACAUGUCCGACUGCAUCCUGUUGAUGGCCAUUGUGAUUGGCGUUAUGCAUCUGCUCACGGUGGUAACGCUCUGGCGCAAACUAAAUAAGCGAUAAGAAGAGAUGCGUAUUUGAGCAUAUGUAUUCUCAUUCAAUUAGAUAGUCUUUUAGUGUAUAUAUGUCUGUAGCUGGUGUUUAUUAUUUGCAUUCAUACGAUGUUCCCAAAAUGGAGAAAUAGAGUGUAUUGCUUUUGUUAAGUGUCUGUCUAACUGUCGGUCCGUCUGUCCACGUAAAUGUAAGUGUAUAUUAAACGUUCAUAUAUGUUCAAGACCAAUAUCUGGGAGUCCAUACUAAUCAAGAACCUCUUUGAAUGUCAUGCCAAAAAUAUUCCAAUAUGCACAUUUCUAUCAGUAAAGCUUACAAAAGAGAUAUAUAUAUAUAUUACUCUGGGAACAGAGUAUUGAGCAGUUGGUUACACUCGAUUGCAACUUACGUUUUUUUAUUCGAUUUGUUUUAAAUAUUUUAAAUUCCAAGUAGCUUAAAAUAUAUUUAACUUAAAUAUUUAUUUACAUUUAGCUACAAAUAUUUAAAACGUUUGUUUAACUUUAACUACAUUGCACACAACAGGCUUUAGGGUGUAGUUUUCGUGGAUUUUAUUUUGUUUUUCCAUUUUAUAAAUAGAGUUUAGUUAGUUUUCUAAGUGCUGAGAUACCAAAGGAACAAGCAAAUCUUAAAUUAAAUUAACCUCAUAUUAAUAGUUCCACUAAAUUAUUAAUAACACUAUACACUAGAAAUGCUUGCCGCUAGUAAACUUUUGGAUUCAGCAUACCAUUAAAUCAAUUUUUGGGGGGUUUCCACAUUGUCAAGCCAAAAUAUAUACACAAUUUAAACCCAUAUUCAUCCACAAAGGUCAAGAUAACACAACAAAAGCAACUUUUUAUUAUAUUUAAUGUUUGCUGUCUUAGUCUUUAAGUUAGAUAAAUAUUUAGUUUCGAGAGUUUCGAGCAUACUAUGGUAAAAUAGAAUAUGGCUGUUAAUUUUAAUAUCUAUCAAUAAAAUGGUAAAUUUGUA